ACACGGGGCUGAGCACAAAGCGAGCGGGCCGAUCUCCGUCACUUGCGGACGAACGCACUCUCGCAUCCCCGCGCGCUCCGCUCUCGCCGACGGAGGAGAGCAGCGCUUGGAAAGAGAGGAGCGGAGGAAGGGGCGGGCAGAGAGAGCCAAAGAGCCAUCGGGUCGGGCGGAGAGAGAGGAGAGGAGGCGAGCCAUGCUAGACCCAUCUUCGAGCGAGGAGGAAGGGGAUGAUGUGUGCGAGGAGGAGCAUCCCAGAGGCGGCAUGCGCGGCGACUCCCGCAUAGCCGAGAGCUCCGGGGCCGCUCUAAUGCCGCCGGGCGCCUCUCCCGGCUCCGCCAUGUCACCGGGGCUCUCCAAGGCAGCCGCGGCGUCGGCGGCUUCAACAGCAGCAGCGGCGGCGGCGGCAUCGGCGUCGUCUUCGGCAGGAGGAGGUGGUGGAGGAGGUGGUGGAGGUGCUGGUGGAGGUGGUGCUGGUGGUGGUGGGGGCGCUGCGGCGGUCGUGGCGGGUGGCCCGGCCGGCGCGGUGAGAGCGCAGGUGGGACUGGGGUCCACCUCGGGGUCCGCGUCCUCGGGAUCGGUGGCCGGGGCGGGGGCCCUGAGCGCCAGCGUUAGCGCGGCGAGCGUCGGGGUGGGGGUCCCGGCCGCCGGGAGGCCCGGCAGUCCGAGCCCGUCGCUGGGAGGCGAGCGCGACGAGUUGGAACGGCUGCGCCGUGAGGACGACGAGCGCAAGCGGCGGCUGCAGAUCUACGUGUUCGUGCUGCGCUGCGUGGCGUACCCCUUCAACGCGAGGCAGCCCACGGACAUGGCGAGGAGGCAGGCCAAGGUGACCAAGCAGCAGCUGCAGCAGGUGAAGGAGCGCUUCAUGGCCUUCCUCAAUGGGGAGCUGCAGAUCGCGUCGGACGAGGCCUUCUGCAACGCCGUGCAAACCUACCUAGAGGGCUUCCUGAAGGACGAGCGCGUGGCCCGAAUGGUGAGCGCCGGCGGCCUGGCGCAGGGCGAGCUGCGCGACGCGUUCCGCCGCCACGUGCAGCGCCGCAUCCGCGGCCUCCCCGAGAUCGACGGCGUCUCCAAGGAGACGGUGCUCAACUCGUGGCUUGGCAAGUACGACUCGAUGGUGUCCGUGGCCACGGGGCCCGGCGGCGGGCCCGGCGGCCCCCCAACGCGGGGCCACGGCGCCGUCGCGAUGAUGGUGCCGGCCACGGAGAUGCUCAUGUCCAAGGAGCAGCUGUACGACAUGUUCCAGCAGAUCCUCGGGGUCAAGAGAUUCGAGCACCAGCUGCUGUACAACGCCUGCCAGUUGGACAACGCAGAUGAGCAAGCAGCACAAAUCCGCAGGGAGUUGGAUGGGCGACUGCAGAUGGCCGAGCAGAUGGUGAAGGAGCGCCGCUUCCCGCGGCUGGUGCAGCGCGAGAUGGAGGCCAUGUACGUGGAGGAGCUGCGCGCGGCCGUCAACCAGCUGAUGGCGAACCUGGAGAGCCAGCCAGUGGCGCGCGGCGGGCCCGACCCCAAGAUGCAGAAGAUGAAACGCUCGCAGAACUCGGCCUUCCUGGAGCUGGGCGGCGACGAGGCUGAGAACACGCUGUCUAAGUCCGACGUCGUCCUCACCUUUAACCUCGAGAUCGUCAUCCAUGAGGUGGCGGGGCUGAAGGCGCUGGCUCCGAACCGCAUCGUCUACUGCACCAUGGAGGUGGAGGGCGGCGCCAAACUCCAGACCGACCAGGCCGAAGCGUCCAAGCCACGCUGGGGCACUCAGGGGGACUUCACGACGACGCACCCGCUGCCCGUUGUCAAGGUGAAGCUCUUCACCGAGAGCACCAAGGUGCUGGCGCUCGAGGACAAGGAGCUCGGCAAGGUCCUGCUCACCCCGACGCCUACCAGCCCCAAGUCAGCUGACUGGCACAAGAUGGCCGUCCCCAAAAACAGCCCUGACCAGGACAUCAAGAUCAGGCUUGCGGCACGCAUGGACAAGCCUCAGAACAUGAAGCAUUGUGGGUACCUGUGGGCCGUCGGCAAAAACGUUUGGAAACGCUGGAAGAAGCGGUACUUUGUGCUCGUGCAGGUGAGCCAGUACACGUUUGCGAUGUGUAGCUACCGCGAGAAGAAGACGGAACCACAGGAGCUACUGCAGCUGGACGGCUACACCGUGGACUACACGGACCCACACCCCGGUCUGGAGGGCGGGCGCGCCUUCUUCAACGCGGUGAAGGAGGGCGACCUGGUGACGUUUGCCAGCGCCGACGAGCAGGACCGCAUCCUGUGGGUGCAGGCCAUGUACCGCGCCACGGGGCAGACGCACAAACCCGUGCCGCCCACGCAGGUGCAGAAGCUCAACGCCAAGGGCGGGGGCCCCCAGAUCGACGCGCCCAUCUCCCAGUUCUACGCGGACCGCGCCCAGAAGCACGGCAUGGACGACUUCAUCGCGGCGAACCCGUGCACCUUCCCGCACGCCGAGCUGUUCGACACCCUGCAGCGCCUCACCCUGCUGCACCGCACGGGCGACACCACCGCCUCCCUGGGCUGGUUCAGUCCCGGGCAGGUGUUCGCGCUGGACGAGUACUGUGCGCGGUACGGCGUGCGCGGCUGCCACCGCCACCUGGGAUACCUCAACGAGCUGCUGAGUCGCGCCGAGAGCGGCGCCAUCAUCGACCCCACGCUGCUGCACUACUCCUUCGCCUUCUGUGCCUCGCACGUCCACGGGAACAGGCCCGACGGGCUGGGCUCUGUGACGGUGGAGGAGAGGGACCGGUUUGAGGAGGUGAAGGAGAGACUCCGCAUGCUCCUUGAGCAUCAGAUCACCAACUUCAGGUACUGCUUCCCAUUUGGGCGGCCGGAGGGAGGACUGAAGGCGUCUCUGUCUCUCCUGGAACGUGUGAUGAUGAAGGACAUCUCAACCCCCGUUGUCCAGGACGAUGUGCAGAUGCUUCUGUGUAAAUGUCUGCAGAAGGCUGCCCACCUCAACUUCUCCAACGUCUGUGCCAUCGCCAGGCACGAAGCCAAUCAGAAGGCUGCAGAGGCCGGCGUGACGCCACCAGUGCGGCGUCUGGAGGAGACGCUGCGUCUCGCGGAGCACUGCAUCGACGUGCUGCAGCAGAACCACGACUACCACUGGGAGGCGUUCGCCUUCUGGUCGGAGCUGAUGGGCGAGCACGCCGAGACGUUCCUGUCGCUCUACGUGGACGACUUCGACGCGGCCAUCGCGAUGCAGCCCGCCGAGUCGUGGGACAGCUUCCCGCUCUUCCAGCUGCUCAACGACUACCUGCGCGCCGACCCUUACCUGUGCAACGGGAGAUUUCACCGGCACCUGCAGGACAUCUUCGGGCCCAUGGUGGUGCGUUACGUGGACCUCAUGGAGACUUCCAUCGCCCAGUCCAUCAGCAAGGGCAUCGAGCGCGAGUCUUGGGAGCCCGUCAAGUACGUGGGGAGCCUCACGGGGAACCUGCCCAAGGUGCCCGUGACCCUGCCCCCCGUGACGCUGCCCCCCGUCAACCUGCCCAGCUUCUCGGCCCCCUCGUGGGUCUCCUCCAUCUACAACUCGGAUAACGAGUCCGCCGAGUCCAUCGACCUCUUCUGGAAGCUGGACACGCUCCAGAGCUUCGUGUCGGGGCUGCACUGGCCCGACCCCGAGUUCGGCGAGCAGCUGGAGGGGCGGCUCAAGCAGAUGGCGAGCGACAUGAUCCAGACGUGCGUCAAGCGCACGCGGAUUGCAUUUGAAGCAAAGCUGGCGAAGACGAGCCGCUCGACGGACUUCCGCACGCCACAGUCGGUGUGCACGAUGCUCAACGUGCUGGUCGAGGCCAAGGGCCAGACGGCCAAGCUAGGAGGGGCGCUGGAGAGCUCCAAGGAGCAACAGAAGAAGAUCGAGCAGCUAAUUGAAGACACAUUCAAGGACAUGAUCGGCAUCAUGGUGGCCAAGCUGGUGGUGGUGCUGGAGGGCAUCCUGGCCAAGCUGUCUCGUUACGACGAGGGCACCUUGUUCUCCUCUUUCCUGUCCUUCACGGUUAAAGCUGCUUCUAAAUACGUGGACGUGCCUAAGCCGGGCGCGGACCUGGCUGACUCGUACAUCACGUUUGUGCGAGCCAACCAGGACAUUUUGCGCGAGCGCGUCACUGAGGAAAUGUACAUUGAGAGGCUGUUCGACCAAUGGUACACGAGCUGCAUGACCACGGUGUCUUCGUGGCUCACCGACCGCCUCGACAUUCAGCUCCACGUCAUGCAGCUCAAGACGCUCAUCCGCGUCGUCAAGAAAAUGUACCGCGACUUCAGGCUGCAGGGCGUGCUGGACUCGACGCUGCACGGCAAGGCGUACGAGACGGUGCGCAAGCGGCUCACGGUGGAGGAGGCCACGGCCAGCGUCAACGAGAGCGGCGGCCUCGGCGGGGUGUCCAUGCGGGACAGCGACGAGGAGGACGACGAUUGAGUCCGCCCGCCCGUCGUCCGUCCGUUCGUUUCCUCCGUUCGUCUCGCUCGUCCCAUCCCACUCGCACUUGUCCUCCCGCUCUCCCCCCCCCCCCCCCGCCCCGUGCCAGUCGGGGGCACCUCUUUGGCGUACCGAGAAGGUGCCGGGUCGUUAUUUUUCUUUCCCCCCCCACCCCCCCAACCCGUUAUCGAGCCGUGCCGCUGUCGAGUGCCGCUGUCGAGUGACGCGCGACGGAACACGUGGAGGCGAGCGUAGGUGGCACGUGCGAAGGCGUGCGCCCCGGCCCCUUGCUUGGGCCCCUGAGCCGAAUCGGGGACACGUCGUGAGGCGAGCGUCAGUCGCAGGCUUCAUUCCGUCUCACCACGGCAUAACGGUGGGGGGGGGGGGGGGGAGGGGGGGAAGCCGCCCGUAACCCGUACCGCGCUGGCUUGGCUCGGAUGUGCCAGUGGAAAAUGGAUUCUCGUGUACUCCACUGCAGCCCCUUCAUCCCGACCCUUGUCUCAUGUAGUCUGUCAGCCGGGGGAGUUUGGUAAUGAGGCGCGGAGCUGUA